CAGCGCCCAUACGCCAAUGAAACGUCUUUCCUCCAGAGAAUCAUGGUGUUGCACUGGUGCGCAAGAUGGCGUUACAUAGGUAGGUACCUACCUACCUGCCCUUGUCACCAUUAUCACGGUUUCAAAUGGGCGGUUGUUGCAGGGAACGUGGUCUUUCACGACCACAGGGGCAAUUGCGAAACGGGCGCAAUCGAGGACGGGUUACCAGUCUGAGCAGUGUGUAGGUUCCUCUUAGAUGUUCCGUUUGAAGAGACUCAGUCGCAGGGGUGGCCAAAAGAUUCAGCAGCACGAAGUGGCGUCUGCUCUAGGGGAUCGCAGGGGUGUGGUUUGUGUCGCUAAGGCUGAUGUCAGCGGACGCACUGGGUGAGGGCGAAUUAAGUGAUCCAUGUUUGGGUUUGAGGGUUCCUUCUUUUGGCUGCUGCCAGUAGCAAACGCUGCUGCGCCUUACUCUGGGUUUCAUUGGAAGAUCAAUCCCUCUCUUAAGGGGUACGUGGUUCAAGUGCCACUUCUCGCGCCAGAUCACAGUCGUUGAGGAGGAGACGGCCAAUCAGAGGCGCCAGACAGCAUCUUUUCCUGUAAGCGCGCCCUCCUGAGCUACUUCCUGUGAUGUGUGAGGUCAUCAGCCCCGUAAGAUGAGCUCUGCGGGGGUGCGCCAAUCCUUUCUGGUUUGUCGCGAGACCGGCAACUAUGCCACGAUUCAGGCGGCCAUCGACGCGGUUCCCGACGGCGAGGGGGGGGAGUUUGUGAUCUUCAUCCGGAAGGGGGUCUACCGGGAGUAUGUGCAUUGCCCCCCCAGCAAGGGCGCAAUCGCUCUCGUUGGGGAGGACCGCGCGCUGACGCUUGUGACUGUCGGAGAGAAUCGGCUUCCGACCAAGGAGUCUGCUGCUCUGAUUGUGGACUGCGCACAGUUCCGAGCUGAGAAUUUGAGCUUUGAAAAUGCCGCCCCCUUCUGGCAGCUGGACACGAGCCCCCCGGCGGUGGCGGCCAAGUUUCUGGGGGGGCAGUCGGAGAUCAACCACUGCUCGUUUCUGGGGUGGCAGGACACGUUAUGGUCAGUGGCUGGGAGUCAGCGCCUCAAAGAUUGUUACAUAGAGGGCCACGCAGACUGGGUACGGGGGGAGGGAACGACAGAGUUUGAGAACUGCGAGGUGCAUUCGAGGGUCGACGACGCGGCCGUGUGGCCGUCAGCGCGCGGUGGGGGGGGAGAAACAAGCCCGGCAGGGUUCUACUCUCUCCUUUGGAAAAUGGCGGAGGCAGAGAGAUGGGGUGGGGGUGCGAACAGCUCCCAGGAUGUGAAUGAGCUCCCGGAGACAGUUGCUGCGCAGGGGGGUGGUGGCGCUGAAACUACUGAUUUUGAGAUGCGGGUGGGCCCGUCCUCGCUGGAUUCAGAUCCUCUGGGGGGGUCUGAGGAGCUGAGUGUGGACCCCCCUGGAAGCUCAUUGUGGUUCCCUGAGCGAACGAGCUCGGGGUUUGGGACCAGCAGUUCUGCCGAAGCGAGUCUAGGAAACGCCAGUGAAGCGAGUCUCCUCCGAUGGGGCUCGGCCGGGGCAGGCGGAGGGAUCGACUGGGACGCGGGCGAAAUUCAGCCGGUGCCUGCAGGAGCGGUGGUUACUGUUUGGGGGGGUCCCAAGAGAGGGACUUCUUCCAGGGAUCAGCACUUCAAAUUGAGGUGCUGCUACUGUGUAAGUAAGCAGUGGAGAGGUGCAGGGGACACGUGUCAACUGCUUGGGAUUUUCAAGUCAAUUUCACUGGUUGUCCCCUUCCACUUCCAAAAGUUGUCAUCUGUCUCUGUUUACAUUGCCCUUUUGGCUGAAAUGGAGGAGUUCUUCUUGUUUAAUGUCAAGUCGAGCAGCCAACCAGCAAAGAGACUUCGAGUCUUGUACACUGUUCUGGUUGAUUGCCAUGGUCAAAGUCGUCUGGUUAAAGGUGCUCAGAGGCUAGUUGUUAGACUGCAGCGGAACACUUAGAGCACGCGAGGAACAUGUUAGUGAGCAGAUACAAGAGGCAUGCAAUUCACUACAGCCCUUGAUUGAGCCUGCUUGUGAUCAGACUCCGAAAGGUUUUGGUAGUCUAGUAUUUUGGUUCAUAAGGCUGACGCUUUGGCUUUUUCAUAAAGGGAACGCGAUAAACAAGUUAGAAGGUCUCGUCAAAACAGCGAUUUAUGGUGUAAAAGGCCAAACAUAUGUUCACUAGCUAGUAGCUCGGAUGAGCUUAGGGAAGGGAUCAGUAUGACCAUGUAAUAGGAGGACUCAUGAAUUGCUGAUAAUAAUGAACGAAAACAAGUUGUCCGAGU